UUCAGUAGUGUCAGACUCUCGGUGACAACAACACGUCGGGAAAUUGCAUCGCUGUGGAAAACAAUAAAAUAGAGCGUGAGAGUGAGAGACAGUCGCGCGGGUGUCGGUCAGAAAUAAGCAAUAUUUUCUGUGAUUUUUGAGUGUGACGUCCUGUUUUGAGUGCUUCCGCCUCGUAAUUCGCGGCAUUGCUGCGGCCAAAAGUUCGCCAUUGGAUGGUUUUUUAUAGCAACCAGCGCGCACGGAAAUAAAUCGGAGCACGGGGAGCACCCAAAGUGCAGAGAUGUCGAGGCAAUUUGCAUAAUUUUCGGGUGGUCGGUCGCAGCUAGAAAGUUGUAUAAUAAGAUUGCGAAAACCAGGAGGUACGCCCGGCUCACCACAAAUGGACGGGGAAUGUUGUGGCAGCUCCACCGCGUCCACCAACACCACAACCAUCGCCACCACCACCACCCCAGCUGAAAGCGCCUACACCAUCGUAUCCCAAAAUAUUUCAAUAAAUGUCUAGUGCCAGGCUACUCGAGUCGCAGACAUCCGACGAGGAUAACGAGGACAUCGAGCGGCGGCCUCACCAGAGCCAUUCACGCAGCUGCAGCAACAACACCACCCCCACCCAUCCACCACAUCCCAUGGUCAGGAAGGGGGGUGUGGCCAGGAGGAUCUGCCUGAUAGGUGGGGCACUGUUCCUGCUCCUCGUCGCCCUCUGCUACCUCACCCUCAGCGGGGACACUCGCCUCGGUGGCUCCGAGGAUUCGGAGGAGGGAUCUCACCAUGGAUUAGAUAGUAUGAAUUUCCGGCCAUUGAACGAAACCGUUCACAUAUGCAGCGAGAGUUACGAGGAUCGACGGCAGUUCAUGCAGGAUAAGCCCCAAUCUGAUUACGUCCAGUUGCCCGUGAUAUACUUUGUUACUCCAACGUAUCCGCGGCGCGAGCAAAUCCCAGAACUAACCCGUCUGGCGCACACGCUGCUCCAUAUUCCACGAUUGCACUGGCUGGUGGCCGAUGAUCAAGAGAAAUGCAAUGACUAUAUGGACACGCUGCUCUAUCGAUUUGGUAUGCCCUUUACCCACAUGGUCAGCCCGAUGCCCAGCAAAUUCCGGAAUGAAAAGCCAGCGCCGCGAGGUGUGGCAAAUCGGAGGGCAGCCUUGCAGUGGAUACGGCAGCAUAAUCUCACCAACGGAAUACUUUACUUCGGAGACGACGACAACACCUAUGAUCUGCGUUUGUUCUCUGAAAUCCGGAAAACGCAACGGGUUUCCAUGUUUCCUGUAGGUCUUAUUGCUGAUUAUGGGGUCAGCGGGCCAGUUGUGCGCAAAGGCAAGGUUGUAGCAUUCCUGGACUCCUGGGUUGCCGGUCGACGCUGGCCCGUUGACAUGGCCGGUUUUGCAGUGAAUUUGGAGUACAUGGCGCAGUAUCCCUAUGUGAAUAUGCCGUACAAGCCCGGCUACGAAGAAGAUCUCUUUCUGCGCAGCAUUGGCCUUCAAAUGAAUCUGAUUGAGCCGCGCGGCAAUAACUGCACCGAAAUUCUGGUUUGGCACACGCAGACAAAGUCAAAGAAGCUCGGAAUGGUUCGAUUAGAAAGCAAAUACUUGGACGAUCGUUCUAACUUGGGCGCUCUGCUUCAUAAUCUUAAACUAAUGGGCGUGACCAGUACAACGGAAAGUGAAGGACGCAAUGCACUGAUCAGCAAAAAUGGAAGGGAAAAUCCACACUCCAAAAUUCUUAGCUGAGUCCUAUGGUCCAACCCGAAUAAUACUUAUAGACUUUUAGAGCUAAAUGUAUAGUUAUUCUAAAACAAAUCUCGAAUCCACUGCUCGCUGUAUUUCCAUGGAAUUUUCCUGUUCUAGUUAUCAGUCGUUUUCGUACUGCACAAUUAUAUUUUUUUUUUCACAAAUUAUUGCGUGGGUGCUGCCUCUCUGUUCUAGAUUCUCAUAAUGAAAAGUUAAUAAAUUAUGCAUGUAUUGUUAAUUAGUUGUAGAUAAGUUUGUUCGUGAUAGCAAUAUAGGAAACACAGGGACGGCUACAAAGAUAGGUCUUAUUUAUUUAUAUCAUAAUCGCUGACAGUAGGUUGUAAAAGCAGCUAGGAAUGUUUAUAACUUGCUUAUUGUACGUUCUAAUUUGCUAAGCAAAACGAAGGCUUCGGUCUGUAUGGUCUUUCGACCAAGCCCUUAGGGAUCAUUUUAUCGUUGUUAAUCACCUCAUCGACUUGCAACACAUAUCAUUAAGCUUGGUAUAAAUUAUUUAGGCAUAUAAAAAGUCAUCGAAUUCCCUUAAGAGCAAUGGUCAUUAAGUAUGAAGGACUUGUGUCAUUUUUAAUGUAAACUUUAUGUAUACUCUGUAAAUCAGUCAAUAAGAUAGUGAGUCAUAAUGUAAAAGAAUUAAACGCUAGUUUUAUGAAGCUUUCCCAAAUGG